UUUUGAGUUUGCCCCCUAUUAAAUUUUUUUUAAAGGAUGCCCCCUUAUAAAACCCAGAUUACAAACUCACUAACCCCUACACUCAUGUGACGCUGAGUUGGCUAGGUAUUAUCCCUGUUGGCAUUUAAUUAUUUGCUGACAUGGAAAUGAUUUGUUUAUCUUGUUGGUAAUUGGAAAAUUAGGUUUCAGAUUCAUUCCCAAAAUUGUGCUCUCCAUUGUUCAUCGUUGUUCUACUUCAUCUACUUCAUCUGUCCUGUUCUUCCUCAACCAGUCAUCGUCCCAGCUGCAAGGAGUAUGUCGUCUAGGAAAUCGAUUGGAAGCAGCACAAGCAAUACAUUUUCGGGUCCCCCCAGAUGCGGCUGUGACCUAGCUAUGAAGAUGUGGGUUUCGUCGACAGCUAGAAACCUAAAUCGCAAGUUCUGGAAGUGUCGCAAUGCUGGGAAUGAGAAUAGCUGCGAAUUGUUUAUAUGGGAUGAUGAAUAUGGAGACUCACAAAAACGGAAUGGUAAUAUUCAAUGGGACUGUAAAAUCUGUGCCAAAACGGAAAAGGAGUUACAAACAGUUUUGAAGAAAUUAUCGAAGGCCAAGUUGAAGGUUGAAGAAGAGAGGAAGACUUCUGUUAAGCUGAAGAUUGCUCUUGUUUUAUCUUGGGUGUUGUUUGCAUUUAUGUACAACUUAAUGUAAUGGUCAAAUUUAUCUUAGGUUGAAGUUUUAUGUAACUGUCAAACAAUUGAUGUAUGAGAUUAGCUACAAUGUUAUGAAUGAAAUUGUUGAUUUA